AUGCGCUCAGUUCUUCAGCUCGCCCGGCUGUCAGCGCGCUUUGCUCCACGACUAGCACGACCCACAUCUUCCAAAGCCUCCGACCUCGUGUUCACCCACGAGCGCGACGCUGAGUUUACACGCGGACUCCGUUCAUUUUUCGAAUACCGCGAUCUGGGCAUCAAUGAUGCGACAAAGGGCGCCGUUGCCGCCCACGUUAUCCGUGCAGUAUCGGGGACACAUGCUGAAGGCGUACCUCACAAGCACGACACGACAUUUCAAAUGGUCUAUGUGUUGAAGGGAUGGGUUGAGUUUGAGUAUGAGAAGCCCGGCGCCUCCGAGCCCGUCAAGGUGCGGCUCGAGAAGGGAUCAUCAGUCUACCAACCACCACACAUUCGGCACCGCGAGGUAGCUCACUCUGACGAUGUGGAGAUGCUCGAGAUUGUCCUACCUGGCAACUUUGGUACAGAAGAGGUCCCAUCAGUCCAAUAA